CAAUCCUCAGAUCACAAACCUCUUGCCCCCUUCCCAACCCCACUAGGCCUCUCACUUGGCGGCCUCCUCUCCCCUCCCAGUCACAGACCGCAUCACAACCCACCGCUCUGUUUGGUCUCGGUCGUCCCUGCCUGUCUCUGUCCCUGCCUGUGCGGUCUCUCCUGUGGUCCCUCUAAAACCCAUCAUUCCAUCAUUGACCCUCUCAUGAGUCUCCGAUCACCACCCAUUCAUCACCCUAUCCCUCUCAUCUCUUCCCAAUCUCCACCCCCCCUUCACCCUUCACCCUGUGUCGUUCGCCCUUCCCUCCACCGUCCUCUCAUACUCGUCCUCUCAUCACUUACUGCUCCCUGGAUAAACUGAAGGCCCGUCUUCUGAAGACCCAUCACAUCCUCGCCCAACAUUCUCUCAACACUCUAUUCCCUACAGUGGUUGCUUGUACUCUACUCUCACUCACACACUGGAACCCCACCCGCUCUUCCCGCAGCUCUUCCAGUUCUUCCAGUUCUUCCAGUUCUUCCAGUUCUUCCAGUCUUCCAGUCUUCCACUCCUCUACCUCUACCAUCUCCUCCUACCCAUCUACCGCCCAUCUACACCCACCCACCUCCAUCUCCACCACCCACCUCCCAUCUUCACCUGCACCGUCCCUUCCCGUGCAUGCAAUAAAUAAAUACACACUACCCUCCCACCUCUUAUCCCACCUUUUGUCCAUAUCAUCAAUACCAACAGUUUAUAUUUCCCCCACACACAACAUCGAUACGCUUCCUGCAUCGAUCACGCCUAUUAUUACAAUUACUACCUUACUUCUUUUACUACCCUACUACUACUCUACUACUACUAUUACUACUUCAUCCUUCCCUCCCUCCAUCCAUUCAUCCUACAUCAACUACCACUACUACCACCAACCAACCUCCUCCCGUUGUAUAUCAAAUACCAACACCAACACCGCUUUUCAUCCUCCACUUCCUCACCUCACCUCACAUCCACCGAUCGAUCACUUAUCAUUAUUACUCCCUCUGCACUACUAUUUACCUACUUCUCCUCCUCAACCCCUAGCACCGGCAACAGGCAUUCCUCUUCCGCUGCGCGUACUUUCAAGACAUCGACUCAACAACAUCCCGGUCGCAUCGUCCAAAUUCGCUUCACCGCCAUUAUCGUCCCGCACCCAACCUCUUCUCUCCCUCGCUUCCGCCACGGGAACAUCAAACCAACAACGAACUACAACUACUACAACAACCCUUCCUCCUCCCACCCCAAGGCCAAAAAAUAUGGCGGGGUUUCAAAUGAACAAUUUCUACAGACCAUCACAACUCUCCAUCGACACACAAAACGAGAGGUUCUUCGACGACGACGACGCCAGCAUCCUCGACGAGAACAUCUUAGACGGUAGCGCUCUCGAUUCCGGCCUCGAGAUGUCCCCCUCCAUGAGCAGGCGAGACUCCUACGCCCUCUUUUCCCCCAAGACAGAAGACUGGCAACACGUCGACAUGCAGCCCAGCAACUCGAAUAACCCGUUCGGCGAGCACAACCCGAACAACCCGUUUCUCAACAUGGGACAGGCGAGCAACAACUACCCGCAACAACAACCCCACAACGGGUGGUCGCUACCGAACACUUCAGGGUCCUGCACCCCGAUGCAGACCUUUGAUGGCCUACCUGCAGAGUUUCAGAGCAACUCCGGCUUCAGGACAGCGCCCGUACACACUCUCUUCGGCAAUGGAGCGACGCAACCGCCGCUCUUCUCGCCCGCCAGCACAGUCGUGGAGUCCAUGCCAGCGUCGCCACAGAAGGACUGGGCCGUACCGGAGAGCAUGGAGCACCGCGGGAUGCCCAAGCGCAUGCGACCCGGCAGUCCAGGGCUUCGCUCGCAUUCGCCGUUGAUGCGACGGGACGGUAUUCGCAAGAAGAACGCCCGCUUCGACAUCCCCGCCGAGCGCAACCUCUUGAAUAUCGAUCACCUGAUCCAGCAGUCGACCGACGAGGGCGAGAUCAAGGAGCUCAAGCAACAGAAGCGCCUCCUGAGGAAUAGGCAAGCAGCUCUCGACUCGCGGCAACGCAAGAAGCAGCACACUGAGCGUCUGGAAGAUGAGAAGAAGCACUACACCGCCCUUCUCACCGAGCUCGAAGAGGAACUCGCAGACGUCAAGAUUGCGCUCGAUGCCUGCACACGCAAGGAGGCUCAGUACCAGCAGUACAUCGAGAACCUGCGUAUGGAGAAGGAGGAGAUGCUGCGCGCACACACGAUCGAGACGGGCGAGUUACGCAAGAAGGUCAGCGUGCUGAGUGACCAUGUCACCAAGCUUGAGGGUGCUGCGCUUGCGCAACCCCAGCAACAGCAGGGCUUCUCGAGCGACUUUGCCGAUAUCGAUGCCCUCACCAUGGAUGGUGCGUGGGACGGAAUCUCCUUCUUGCACGACUUCCCCUCCUCGCCUACCAUCAAGGCGGAAAACCCGUCGCAGGCCCUCACCGUCUCCAAGUCAGGCGACUCAUCCACCGUCCUGUCCGACGCCGAUAAGCCUGCUGCACAAGGCCUCCUUCUCAUGCUUCUCCUCUUCGGCGCCUUUGUGGCAUCGAAGGGCUCUUCGCCGUCUAUCCCGCGCAUGUCCGACGAUGUUCGUGCAGCCUCUGCCACCAUCCUCUCCGACAUCCUCCAUGAUGCCGGCGUAUCCGCUUCUGCCGUCAUGCCUGCCGGUGCCAUGUCCUCUGUCGCUGCAUCUGCACAGGCACACGCACAGGGACACGCAGACUGGACACAGCCAUCGCACGUCUCACUCGCCGACCUUGAUCCAUCGCCACUUGCCGCAUACGCGGACUCUCUCACCGCCCCGUCCGCACAGCAACAGCACGAGCAACUCUUCUCCCUGUCUGCCGCACAGUACAACGCUGCUGCCUCUCCGUCCUUCUCCGCCGCGCCGGCGCCGAGUAGUAGCGCCGGCCGCCGCAAUCUCGCUGACAGCUUAGCUGCCAUGCGUGAGGGUGCGCGGGCGAGUAAGACGGAGGUGUAUACGCGUAGCUUACUGUGGGAGCAGGUACCGCGAGAUGUUGUUAGGCGGUUUGCAAGGCUGGUAGAGGAGUGCGAGGGUGGAGGUGGUGAGGAGUGCGAGGCUCUCGGUUGAGCGGUGAUGCACUCACUCAUAGGCUUGACUAUAUCAGCCAAACUCUCAACUCUUUUUUCUUUUGUUACACACGACCACGACACGAUAUGAUCACGAAGAUAAACGCCCACGCACACGCCCCUCAUGUCCUCGGUCUCUGAACCGACAGUUCUUUUACUCUUUAUGUUAUCCAGCGAACCCAGCGAGCGCGCGUUGAUUUUUUUGAUUUUUGCCACGAGGCACCAAAUUGUCCAGAAAUUGUUUUACUCAUUUGCAUUUUCCUCCAUUUUCCUUUACCUGCACAAAUUGUCCACCCAUCAUAUCUUGUCACACCCAAUCAUGUCUUCAGCGAUGGAUAUCUGAGUUUUCUGUUUUAGUUAGUUUUACUGCAUUUAGCGCAUAGGAUGGUUUUGGUUUUUUGGAGAUUCAACUCUUACUUUUUUCCCCGGUUGGUUACGGAACGGGCGGUUGGGUAGGGAAGGGAAAUAGGACGGGAACAUUGGAAAUGGGCGGAAAGGAAUUGGGAUGGGAGGAUCACGAAAUGAAAUGAAAUGAAAAGAUUUACACGAGCAUAUCACGGCCUCACAGCACACCACACACACACACACGCAAAUACCAUUUUCUUCCGUCCAUCGUCUACGAAGUUUCAACAAACAUUCUACUUUUUCUAACUUCUUCUUUUUCUAACGAAACGACCCUUUUUUGACGAUGAUGAACGAAAUGAAAAGAUGACGAUUAUGCCACGAGUACAGAACAGCCUGGGAUUUUGAACAGAGACAGGGGGAGGGAUGCAUUUAUGACGUGAUGAAUCAUCAUGGGAGAUGACUGAAUGAAGACACGCAGUUUUCUUGGGAGGGAGACUGGGAGCAAACUCGGGGCUGGGGAGAUGAGUCUCUGGCGAGUUUGAGGAGGGUUGGCUCACCUCCUCCUUCCUCUGUUGAGGAUAAGGAGGAGGGAGCACAGGGGAGUUGUGGAUGAGAAUGGGGGGUGUGAAACGAGAGGCACGGGGAGAAGAUGAAUGGUAAUGGUGAUCGAUGAGAUUUGGCAACAAAAAGGAAAAUUUAUUAUCAAUAUCUUAAUCUACUCUACCUAACAUAUCUAAUUUCAAACACCACCCUUUUUACA